AUGGGACAGCACUACUCAGCACUCUGGGCCGCCGACCUAAUCCGCGACUCCAGGCCGGGAGACUACAAGGUCAUCGUCAGAAGCCAAGCUCCGGAGAAGGGCGUGCUGUUCUCGGCGCCGCGAGCCCAGAGUCUGCUCGGAACCACGCCCGUCAGUGUGCCCUACGCGGCCGAGCCGGCCGGCAGCGGCUUCAGCUUUUGGACAGGUUCGGUGGUGUUCCCCUACAUGUUGAACCAAAACGGCAUCGUCUAUCACAUGAAUGACAAGUCGUACAUUCAUGCCGGUGGCAUCAUGAGAAGCUCCCCAAUCACCUACCGUCGCUGGGCCAAUGGCGCUGAACAUCCUCACACUAUGCAGGUCUGGAUUAAGGAGGGACAGUAGAAGACGCUCUAUUUUGCUUUCUGUUCUCUUUUCCUCCUUUUAUCUGUCCCUGUCACAUAAUAUUAUGCAAGGUACAAUUAGUAGCUGAUAGCACGGCAUUACAUACCUAAAUGCUAGUUUGUGUAUCUACGAGAUUCACACAAACGUAGGGGAGAGCGGGGAGAGUUGUAUCAUGUCCAAGUUGUAUCAGGGCGAAUUGUGCCAAACUUAUCCAAUGGAUGGCGCUCGCGACACGACCAGCCGACGAGGU